AUGGUAUUACUUCAACUCAACCCUGUAAACGAUCUCUCCCGUCACAUACAUUUGGCCUUGGGCAUGGAAUCUCAUCAAAAGAAUACUCCUGUUCGUACUUUCCGACCAUUAUAUCAGUCAAGCGGGGACACGAUGAAGGACAAACUCGCCUUCUUUCAUUUACUAGAAGAGCUCAAGACACAGAAACGAACUGGGUGGGUGAACAAUAAGGUCAGCAUUCCCAGAGUGGCGAGCACACAGGCAUCUAUUCUAACUCCUUGCGAAGAUUCCACAUCCCGAGAGGUUAUCCUGGCCCUCUGCACAGAGGACACUACCCUCGACAUCGCCAAAUGUGUUAUGUUGGCCGUGGUUCAUGACCUUGCCGAAGCUCAAGUUGGCGACAUUACACCAGACGAGGGGUUCACCAAGGAAGAAAAAAGGAAGUUGGAAGAGGACGCGAUGACCAAUGUCGGUACGGAGAUGCUUCACAAUUCGUCAGCGGCUCAACGGAUUUUGGCCUUAUGGCAAGAGUAUGAGGCCCAGGAGAGUCGAGAAGCACGUUUUGUUAAAGACAGAAUGGAGAUGGCUCUACAAGCAAGAGAAUACGAGAAAAGAUACAACUGUGACAUGCAGGGUAUGGAUCUUCAACCUUUUUUUGACAGUAGCAUACCGAAGCUUCGAGAGCCUGAGAUCAGAUCUUGGGGGGAGUGUUUACAGAGCGAAAGAAACGGGGACAAAUAA